GGGGAGCUUGUCUGCGCCCCGAGGGCCGGAUCCUUUCAACUCUGGUGCCGCGCCAGCCUGUCUCACUCCUCGGCGUCAUGACGACCACCACCACCUUCAAGGGCGUCGACCCCAACAGCAGGAAUAGCUCCAGGGUUUUGCGGCCUCCAGGUGGCGGAUCCAACUUUUCAUUAGGCUUUGAUGAACCCACAGAACAGCCCGUGAGGAAGAACAAAAUGGCCUCUAGCAUCUUCGGGACACCCGAGGAAAACCCCCCUUCGUGGGCCAAGUCGGCAGGUGCCAAGUCCAGUGGUGGCAGAGAAGACCCUGAGUCGUCUGCACCCCAGAGAAGGAACUCCUCGGAAGCCAGCUCUGGAGACUUCCUAGACCUGAAGGGAGAAGGUGACAUUCAUGUCAAGAAAACAUAUCCUCAGGUGAAGAUUGGAAAACUUUUUUCUAAGUUUAUGGAAGCUUUUCUCCCAUGUCUGCUACUAAAGGUGUCUCUGUGUGUGAUUAUUCUAAGGCAGGUAUUAGAAUACUCAACUGAAUGUGGUCUAACACUGAAUGAAAUCAGACCUGGAUUUUCUUUAAAAAUUAAAAAUCGAACAUGCCUUAAAACUAUGAAACUCUUCUUAGAAGUUUCCUUCCGCAGAAAAUUCUGAGUUUUUUCUCUUGCAGUUACUCUUUGAACCAAUGACAUCUCUGACUUUGUAAACUACCUGGUUAAGAAUAUAUGCUUGUUGGGAGUUUCACAAAUCAGCCAGUGAAUCAAUCAAGCAGUAUCCAGGAUUUUGGACAAUACUACACUAAUUCUAAACACUUUAAUAUGGAAAGUGCCCAGUUCAUGAGAGAUGGGAGUGACCUGGUUAAUGGAGGUGUUAUUACAAGCCAGUAGGGGAAAGGUGGACUCGUUAAUAAAUGUAGAUGAUGGUACAACUGGCCAUCUGUGUAGUUAAAAUCAACCUCACCCAGUAAUCAUGGACAUGUAACAUACAACAUGAACGCAGUAACAUUUCCCACCCAUCAGUCUGGCAAAUAUUAAAGCAAAGAGGUUACCAAGCGGUGCAUAUGCAAAGGUGUCAGGUGGGCAUACAUUGCUUUGAUGGGGGGUACGAGGUGGGACAUGGCACAGCCACUUGGGAAGGUGCUGGGUAAUGUUUGCAUUACAGUUUUGUUUGCAGUACUUGGGCCGGUUGCUCAGUAGAAGACUGGAUAUAUUAAAUUCACACACACACACACAAUAAAGCACUUCAAUUAAGCAAGGUGAAUUAUGACCAUAUGUAUAAAUAUGGGUAAAUUUGCAAAAGAGUG